AUGGGUAUUUCUAGAGAUUCACGUCACAAGCGUUCCCACACUGGUGCCAAGAGAGCCCAAUUCAGAAAGAAGAGAAAGUUUGAAUUGGGUCGUCAAUCUGCUAACACCAAGAUUGGUCAAAAGCGUAUCCACGAAGUCAGAACCAGAGGUGGUAACAAGAAGUUCAGAGCUUUGAGAGUUGAAACCGGUAACUUCUCUUGGGCUUCUGAAGGUGUUUCCAGAAAGACCAGAAUUGUCGGUGUCGUCUACCACCCAUCUAACAACGAAUUGGUCAGAACUAACACCCUUACCAAGGCUGCUAUUGUCCAAAUUGAUGCCACUCCAUUCAGACAAUGGUACGAAACCCACUACGGUCAAACUUUGGGUAAGAAGAAGAACCAAAAGAAGGUUGAAGAAGAAGAAGUCAAGAAAUCUAGAAAGGUUGAAAGAAAAUUGGCUGCUAGAGCCUCUAAGGCCAAGGUUGAACACUCUUUGGACGCCCAAUUCGGUGCCGGUCGUUUGUACGCUUGUGUUUCUUCCAGACCAGGUCAAUCCGGUAGAGUUGACGGUUACAUUUUGGAAGGUGAAGAAUUGGCCUUCUACUUGAGAAGAUUGACUGCUAAGAAAUAG